GCCGGUUAAUAAGACGCCGGUUUGGAAGUUUGACCGUAGAGAGAGAUGCUGUCUGACUGAGGAGAAACUGCGGCUGGAAAAUAAGAGAAAAACCGAGAAAUUAGCCGAAUAAAGUCGUGAGAGUGAUUCCGGUGGCCUGUCUGAGUCCGUCGCGGUUGAUUUGAGACAUUAAUUCGGACCAUGGUUCAGCACACGGAGCAUGGCGGGACUGGGAUUAACACCGGGUCCCGCCAGGCGACCGACCCGGAGGAGAACGAGCUGCUGACGGCCUCGGCGUGCAGCCCGGUGCCGCUGAAGCCGGACUGGUGCAAAACAGCGUCGGGUCACAUUAAACGACCCAUGAACGCCUUCAUGGUGUGGUCCAAGAUCGAGAGGAGGAAGAUCAUGGAGCAGUCGCCGGACAUGCACAACGCGGAGAUCUCCAAGCGGCUCGGGAAGCGGUGGAAAAUGUUAAAAGACACCGAGAAGAUCCCGUUCAUCCGGGAGGCGGAGCGGCUCCGGCUCAAGCACAUGGCCGACUACCCGGACUACAAGUACCGGCCCAAGAAGAAGCCCAAGACGGACGGCUGUGCGUUUCCCGCGGGGAAGCCGGCCGCCCAGUCCCCGGAGAAAACCGGAGUCAGACCCGUUAAUAAAAACCCCGCCGCCGCCAAGAAAUUCUCCAAGUUGAAACCCAGCAAACCGGUGGUCGGUCCCGGCAGAGCGAGCAGCCACCUCCCGCAGCACCAGCACCACCAGCACGCCGACCCCCGGUACCGGUACGUGUUGACCACCAGCUUUAAAACCAGCAAGCUCGUUAAACGGGAGUUUACCGACGACGAGGAGGAGGAGGACGACGACGACGACGACGAUGAAGACUCCGAGGAGGAGCGGGAGUUCAAGGCGGAGGAGGAGGACGAGCCGUCCGGCUACAGCCUCGCCAAGGUCCCGGCCGCCGAACCGGACGGAACCGGCAUGUACGAGUCGUCCGGUCGGCUCUUCUACAGCUUCAAGAACAUCACCCGGCAGGGCACCGGCACCCCCUCCUCCUACCCGCCCUCCCUCUCUCCCGCAUCCUCGUCCCGGUCCGGCUCCACCUCCUCCUCCUCCUGCUGCGGGGAGGACCUGGACGACCUCCCCGCCGAGGGCAGCGACUUCACCCUGAGCCUCCUGGCCGGCUUCCACCACGCCUCCUCCGAGCCCUGGAACUCGUCGUCCAGCUCGGCCCCGGGGAACCUGAGCCUGUCCCUGGUGGAUAAAGACUUGGACUCGUGCGGCAGCAGCGAGGGCAGCCUCGGGUCCCACUUCGAGUUCCCGGAUUACUGCACCCCGGAGCUCAGCGAGAUGAUCGCCGGGGACUGGCUGGAGGCCAACUUCUCAGACCUGGUCUUCACUUACUGAGCAGGGGGGGCUGUCAGCUUCCACCCGCCUCAUCUUCCCCGGAGCCGGUUCUGGAGGAGCUCCAGAGCCAGUCAGGGACCGGGGUGAUGAGGCUGCCGCUGCCCGGGCUCAGGUUGCGGGGGGCGGAUGGUUUUGGGGGGAGGGUCCCCGGACUGCGGUACUUCUGCAAAAAAGGACAUGAAAUCACCUCAACAGGGUUUUAUGGAUUUAGUUUUCAGUUGCUCGGGUCUGACCCAGGACCCGGACUCGUUCCCGUCCAGACCCACACAGACUAACACUAAGAUCAGGAUCUAAACGAUUUUCUUUGGCUCCCAACACCAGGACGACUUCAGGACUUUAUUAUGUGACUCUUGAGUUUCCCACACCUUUAUUCUUAUUUUACAUGUUGGAGGGGUUCCAGGUCCAGGUCCCUCCAGGUCCCUCCAGGUGUGGGGCAAAUGUCAUUAAAUGUUGAGUUUAAGUCCAGACUGAGCACAGGUAUGACAGGAAACAUGUUUUGAUAUUUUCAUAACCAAACAUACCUCAUCUUUUUAAAGAUAUCAAGAAGUAAAACUAUUUUCAGGCUUAUUUUUGUACAGUCAAAGGGAAUGUCACAGGUUUUUUCAGGCACUUCUUCUUCUACCACUUUUCAUUCAGACUGUUGGAUAUUCUUCUUAUUUGUUACUGAGCAUGUGAGGGUUUGAAUCCCAGCCGGCCUGCCUUGCUUUAACGCCUUGCAGUAGUUUUAAAGGAGUGUACAGACAGGUGGAGUCGGACCUGACCUCAGGUCUGUUGUAUAUGUUGUGUAAAAUAGUUAAAGUUUAGGAGUUUAUCAGUGUGAGUGAGUCCCUGAUCGCAGGAGAGAAACUGGAUUUUCUGUUUGAGUUUUUUACGUCGUCGACGGAACAUUUUGUUUUUCUCAUUAUUUUUGUGCAAUAUGAAGAAAAGAGGAAAAAUAAAAAUAAAAUAAAGGAGCAUCCUGAAGUUGUUCUGUAGCAGACGGAGAAACUGAGUUCACUUUGUUUGUCUGAAUAAAUCAGCUGGAACUGA